AUGUCGCCCGGACUGUCUCUAUACUCGGUCAAGGCGGUCAUCAUCUUGGCCGACGACGGCUCCCGGAUAUUCGCCAAAUACUACACACCGCCCCACGUCGUUCCAGGAGCCCCGUCUGCUUCCAUCGGCAACCCAUUCCACGACGUCAAGUCGCAAAAAGCCUUUGAGAAGGGUCUCCUCGAGAAGACGGCCAAGCAGAAUGCCGACAUCCUGCUCUAUGACAGCCACAUUGUGCUCUACAAGACCGAGUCCGACGUGACCAUGUAUGUGGUCGGCGAUCUGGACGAGAACGAGGUGCUGCUGUACAAUGUCAUCCUGGCCAUUCGCGACUCGCUGCACCUCCUCUUAAAACAAUCGAUCGACAAGCGCACGCUCAUUGAGUGCUACGACCUGCUCGCCCUGGCCAUGGACGAGAUCAUCGACGACGGUGUCAUCCUCGAGACCGACCCCAGCAUCAUCAUCACCCGGGUCAGCAAGGCGCCCAGCAAGGACGUCGACCUCAGCCGCAUCGACCCCUUCAGCGAGCAAGGCGUCAACAACCUGGCCCAGCUGGGAAGGGCCAAGCUGACCGAUUGGCUGCGCCAGGGGUUGUAG